UUGAAGUUAGCAUGUUGACUGUUCUGUAUGUGGCUACUAUCUAACGUUAUCGAUAGCAUGCUUUGGCAUAGCUUUCUAGAUGAGUAGUUGGAUUGCAAGUAGUAUUCAGCAAAUAUUUGAAGUUAGGGACAUCCUUGUGGCCUUAAAAACACUGUUGUGUGUGGUGGCAUCAACCUUGGGAGAGACUACAUUUCAUUAUCUGGACAUAAGCAAAGAACCAAGAUGGACAAGGCAGAUUUUUUGAAGGGUCUUCCCGUGUACAACAAAACCAACUUCAGCAGGUUUCAUGCAGACUCUGUGUGCAAGGCAUCGAAUAGAAGACCAUCUGUCUAUCUUCCAACAAGGGAAUACCCUUCAGAACAAAUUAUUGUGACAGAAAAAACGAAUAUCCUCUUGCGCUACCUUCACCAGCAGUGGGAUAAAAAGAAUGCUGCCAAGAAACGGGAACAGGAGCAAGGAGAGACAGGAAGCCCACCACCGCCCCGAAAAAUCGCCCGGACCGACAGCCAGGAUAUGAAUGAGGAUUCAUAGAUACGACUGGAAUUGGAGACACUACUUGGUCGGAGUACAUGAGAACUGAUGGAACUGUGGGAGGGCAGGCACAAAAGAACGAUCCAGCUCUAUGGUCCAGUAUAGGUGCCUGAACACUGAACUGCUGCACAAUAGAGGAGCAGGAAUUUUGGAGAUGAAAUGACAACAGGAUAUCUAUUUUUUAAGUUGUAUUUUUUUCCCCCUUUGUUGUUGUUGUUGUUGUUACUUUUACAAAGAGCUUCCCGUCAGGCUCAGUGUGUCCUUUCUCAGCUUAACUGCCCAGUCUUGAGCACAUGGUGGCGCUAUAUGAUUAUAUUUUCACUGCCAGUUAUGUAGUAGACCCAUGGAGACACUGUGAACUGCCAAGUAGUUAGUCUUUAGGGGAAGUCUGCACAACGUGUUGACCCUUUACCAUGCAUAUUUUUACUGUGUGUUGGGAGUUUUGUUAGUAGUUCUUGCAGCAUUUUACUUUUUGACACAGGUGGAUCCCCUGGCGUACAGAGUCAUUAGUGGAGGAUCCCAUCUCAAGUGCAAAUUCAUAAAUCCAUUCAUGUUGGUGCAUGUCUAUCUAGAAUGGGAUAGAUGUAUUAUGUUGUUGAAAGUGUUCUUGUUUGUGAUUUUUUUUUUUUUAUCUGCACAGUGCACAUACCAGGAUUUACAUUAUGUUUUUGUAAAGGUAUUAUGUUUUACAUUUCUUUGUUACAAGGGAUAAAAAAAAAGGUAUUCAGUUACCCUCCACCUCAUGACAGUAGUGAUGUGUUCGACAGGAGAAGUAAGACAGUAUUAUUUAUCUGUCCCUGCUCAUUUUUAUAAAAGUUAAAGGUGUAUGCACAUUUGGUGCAAAGUUGCAGUGACCAUUUCAUAGGACUCAUGUCACAGUAAGAUGUUUAUGGUCAAAUGUGAGGGGUCACCAAACAACCGGUUAGAAAGUUUUCCCCCUCACUUCAAACUACAUUUUUGUGGUGUAUGAAUGUGGUCCACAAAAAUUGAAGUCAUAUCUGUUGCAGCUAUGAUUUUUCUCCAACGUUGUAUGGUGAACAUGGAGGUAUUUGUUUUCAUAAAGAAGCAUAUGGUGGGCAAGAUA